UAAAAUAUAUUUAUCUCCAAAACGAUUGUUCAAUAAAUCUGAUAAUAAAUAAAAUAUUUGUUAUUUCGUUCAGUCGUGCAAAAUUACCUACAAAUAUUACAUCAAAAAAUGAAGACUAUCUUUAUAGCAACAUUGUGUUGCAUUUCACUAGCUUGUGCAUCAGUUAUUAUUAAAGCCGAUGAUGUAGAUUUAGAUGAAGAAGAGUACAAACGUCAGUUUGGCACUUUUAACAUAGAAAGUCUAGUAAAAGGUUUCGGUUAUCCCUUCGAAAAGCAUUCAGUAACCACCAAAGAUGGGUACAUCCUGGAAAUUCACAGGGUCCAGUACAGUCCAAGCAAUGAUAAAACCGACAAUAGACCUCCGGUACUAGUGAUGCAUGGCUUACUUGGCUCCUCCGCAGAUUUUUUCCAUAUAGGACCUGGAAAAUCUCUACCAUUACGUUUGGCUGAUGUUGGAUAUGAUGUAUGGGUAGGGAAUAACAGAGGAAAUACCUGGAGUACCAAGCAUCAAACGUUGAAUCCGUCUAAAAAUGAGACGUUCUGGGAUUUUGGAUUAGACGAAUUAGGUAGUUUUGAUUCUCCUGCUAUUAUCGACUACAUUCUAAAUCAAACAAAAACAAAACAAUUAUCCUUAGUAGGACAUUCCACUGGAGCUUCACAGUUUUUCAUGAUGUUAGCAUCUAAACCCGAAUAUAACAAAAAAGUUAAAGUUAUGACAGCUCUAGGUCCAGUUGUCUAUUUGAAACAUACAACGAGCAUCCUUUUGGAUCUUGUCAAUUCGAAAGAUUAUGUAGCAAUAUUGGCUGUGGAGAAAAAGUUGAAAUCAAAGCAAUUUUUAACACGCAGCCUCAUUUUGGAUAUUGGCUUGGGGGUUGUGUGCAAAGCUGGUUCUAAAUUUAUAGGUAUAUGCGAAGCCGUGUUGUUCCUCCUUCAAGGGUUCGAUACCAAGGAGCUCAGUAAAGAAUUGACUGAAAAGUUCUAUAAAACAUUUCCAGCUGGAACUUCUAUAAAAGAAUUGAACCAUGUCCUACAAGCAAGAGUUUCAGGUGAAUUCAGACAUUUCGAUUACGGAAUAGGAAAUUUGGAUAUAUACAAUGAACCAACUCCUGCCCCUUACAAGCUGUCCAAAGUUUCCGUACCUGUUGGAAUUUUUUAUGGAAAAAACGAUUUAAUUGUAUCAAAAACUGAUAUUGGUCGAUUAGCAAGUGAACUGCAGAACGUAGUAGAGAAUUAUCAAAUUGAGUAUCCACAAUUUAACAAUUUGGACUUUCUUUUAGCCAAAGAUGUCGAUUCACUAGCAAAUGUAUACAUUAUAAAUACCCUGAAUACUUAUAAUGGCUUUGCUCCUAUUCCAACAACCACAACAACUUCCACAACUGACUCAUCAACUUCCUCAACUGACUCAUCAACUACCACAACAGCAGAAAGUUCGUCAACAGAGAACCCAACAACAGACUCUUCAUCUCUUCUUACACCAUCAUCUUUUGUAGUAGCACAACUAUUGCUAGGAUUAUCAAUUUUUCAGUACUAUUUUAAAUAGAAAACUUUUGUAAUUUUUUUUAAUAUAGUAUCUAUGCCAAUAACCUUUUAAGGGGAUUUACCCAUGAUUUUAAGAUGAACUUAUUUAUUUAGGUGUAUGCCAAAAACAAAUUUUUAAUAUAAAAUUGUGUAAGCAACACAGACACUAAUUUAGAAUUGUAUUUUAGUUUAAAAAAUGAAAUCAACCACAUUUGGUUGGUAAUAAAUAGUACACCAUAUUGUUGUGUUUUAUGUUCAAUUAUUGUUGUUGUCGUUUAAUCGUUUAUAUGUUAGUGAGUGGUCUGAAAUGUCAGAUUUAAAUCGCUAAAGAAAUACAGGGUGUCCCAAAUAAGAGUGAUCGAUUUUAAAUGUAAAUGCACAGCCUAUUAAUUGCUCU